UGUAAACAGAAGAAGAAGAAGCAAAACAAUUGCCGCCGCUUGCUUUAAAGAAUUUCACAAAUUCAUUCACAAAUAAAAGCUAUUUCAAAAUUUUGCGCAAACAGAUAAGAUAUCUGCAAAAAUGAAUGUUCAAUUAAAGACAGAUUUGGAAAAUGCUCGACAAUGCUUAUUGGAGACCUAUCAUUUGGCUUUAACUUAUGGUGACCCAGAAACUCAUAACACCGAAAAAUACCUUGAAUUGGCGGCCAAAUUAAGUCAAAUUAAUGAAACUGCCAAACGUCACGAUGAGGCAUUAGAAGCAGCCAAAGAAUCUCGUACCAUUGAUGAUUUUGCUAAAGAAUACAACAAUCAAGUUAGUAAAUUGGAAGCAAAGAAAUACAAUCCCAAAAAUUCAUCAGAAUAUAAGAGCUUUCGUGAUCAAAUAACACAAAUGCAGAGUCUGCAAGACGGCGAUGCGGGGCGCGUGGAAUGUGAUGAAUUUGUUAUGGAGAGUGAAAUCAAUGUUUUUGAUCCUCUAACCAAACAAAGAAUGAAAAAUCCAGUACGCAAUACUCAAUGUGGUCACCAUUAUGAGAAGAGCCAUAUUCUGGAAGCCAUACAGAUCAAUAAACGUUUAAGAUGUCCCGUGGCAGGAUGUGGUAAUAAAAACUUUGUUGAACAAAAACAUUUGAAAGAUGAUAAUUUAUUCAAAGUACGCUUACAAAAGAUAGCUGAGCAAGAAGCCGCUGAAGAAGACUGA